CUGAGAACAAAUCUGACUCAAAUGCAUUUUCUUAGUGAGGAGGAAAAAGGCUCAAAGGCUCUCAACGGAGAUCGCUACUUUGGCUUUUUAAAGGACUUCUUUUUGUUCUCUUAGACUGGGGGAAGUAACUUCUCGGUACUGGCGUGCGGAAUAGUUGAGCGUCACAAGAGCAGCGGCAAACCCAUUAGCGGAGGCUUUGCGGUGAAGUGCAUCCAUCCCCCUUCCCGUAAAUAAGCUCUCCCCUUCAUUCUUGACUAGGGCUUAAAGCUCGGACUCUCGGAGGAAAAGGACUUCGCCACAAGAUGGCACUGACCUGCAGACAAAGGAAAUAGCGGUGGCAUUGACUUUUAAAACAGGCUUGUAAAUGCGCCUUCCCUGAGUCAAGGACUAGUGGGGUGAGAGCUCUGUGCGUUCGGGUCUGACAGUGUGGCUUACGUUUAUCUGCUUUUCUUUCCAGAAUUCCUAGGCAACGCACAUCCGAGGGUUUGAGCAGGAGAAAUACCAACAGAUCUUUCUUCCCUCCAGUGACACUCGUCCCGCUUCAACACAGGCGAACAGACGGAUUCUUUAAAAGAGUAUUCAGUUCAAGGGAACGAAGAAUUGAGAAUUAUUUUUGGUGAAUGGAUUCAAAUAAAUGGAAUAAGAGACAGCUGAAGAUCUGAUCCAUUUCGAAGAACCCUAACAGUCCAUUUGUCUAAUCCAUAACAACAAAACGUAAAAAAUGAAUUCAACUCUGUUCUCCAGGGUUGAAAAUUACUCAGUUCACUAUAAUGUCUCAGAGAAUUCUCCAUUUCUGGCCUUUGAGAAUGAUGACUGCCACCUGCCCUUGGCUGUGAUAUUCACCUUAGCUCUUGCUUAUGGGGCUGUGAUUAUUCUUGGGGUCUCUGGAAACCUGGCAUUGAUCAUAAUCAUCCUAAAACAGAAAGAGAUGAGGAAUGUCACCAACAUUCUGAUCGUGAACCUCUCCUUCUCAGACUUGCUGGUCGCAGUCAUGUGUCUCCCGUUCACCUUUGUGUACACACUGAUGGACCACUGGGUCUUCGGGGAGACCAUGUGCAAACUGAAUCCUUUUGUGCAAUGCGUCUCCAUUACAGUAUCCAUUUUCUCUCUGGUUCUCAUCGCUGUGGAACGUCAUCAGCUAAUCAUCAACCCAAGAGGGUGGAGACCAAACAAUAGACAUGCUUACAUAGGCAUUACUGUCAUUUGGGUACUGGCGGUGGCUUCUUCUCUGCCCUUCGUGAUCUAUCAAAUUCUGACUGAUGAGCCCUUCCAAAAUGUAUCACUUGCGGCGUUCAAGGACAAGUAUGUAUGUUUUGACAAAUUCCCGUCAGACUCUCACAGGCUGUCUUACACGACUCUUCUUCUGGUGCUGCAGUAUUUUGGCCCACUCUGUUUCAUAUUCAUAUGCUACUUCAAGAUAUACGUUCGCUUGAAAAGGAGAAACAACAUGAUGGACAAAAUCAGGGACAGUAAGUACAGGUCCAGUGAGACCAAACGAAUCAACGUCAUGCUGCUCUCCAUCGUGGUCGCCUUCGCGGUCUGCUGGCUGCCCCUUACCAUCUUCAACACUGUGUUCGACUGGAAUCACCAGAUCAUUGCCACCUGCAACCACAAUCUGCUGUUCCUGCUCUGCCACCUCACGGCCAUGAUCUCCACCUGCGUCAACCCCAUCUUUUAUGGAUUCCUGAACAAAAAUUUCCAGAGAGACUUGCAGUUCUUCUUCAACUUUUGUGACUUCCGGUCUCGAGACGACGACUACGAGACUAUAGCCAUGUCUACCAUGCAUACGGACGUGUCCAAGACUUCUUUGAAGCAGGCAAGCCCGGUUGCAUUUAAAAAAAUCAGUAUGAAUGACAAUGAAAAAAUCUGAAGCUGCUGAGAACAUACGGUCCCAGGCUACAUCUGUGGAAAAACAAGCACAGCCUGUCACAUGCUUUCAUUACCUGUGCUCCCAGGGAAUGGAUUGAGGCAGGUUUGGAAAGUCCAGGACAUCCUGUGUUGGGUUUUACUGCUUUUGUGAUGGUUGCCGUGAUUACUUGGCAAUCUAGAUUACUUUGUAAUCUAUCUGGCAACAGUUUUGACCAGACUCUGUGUGUGUGUGUGUGUGUGUGUGUGUGUCUGUCUGUCUGUCUGUCUGUGGGUAUGUGUGUGAAAUUAUCCAUAACAAGGAGUCUUAUAUCGUAUUUAUUGGAGUGAAUUUGUCUGAAGUAAUGUCAUGAGCUCACUUCAAAAGCAGUACCUACCUGAUAUUCUCAAGAUAAUUAGAUUUUCAAGAUCAGAUGAGAUUUCCAAGACCUUGGACUACCUUCAUUCCAUGCUAGGCAUUAUGUUAGUCUGUUACAAGGGUGACAGUAUACAAAAGUCACCUUUUAGGAUGUGCCGGAGCCAAAAGAGAGUCUGAAGUCAUUUGGCAGUAUCUUUUUUCUCUCUCUCUUUUUGAGAGGUCUAGAUUUGUUAUUCAGCUACAAUUGAGUCUUGCUUAAGAUAAAUAAGAAGGCGGCUUUCAGCUGUGUAUAUAUCCGGGCGUUAGGCCAUUCACAAGAAUGAAGUGGCAAAGCAGGUCGCUGAUUUCAAAAUUCCUCUGACAACCAAAGCAUUAAUUAGUCAUUUAAUAUGUAAACUAGUCUUGCUACAGAUAGAUAAAUUGCAUCCAAAGGACUUGAUCAUCAAGAGGUUUUUGCAUCGCUCAUCAGAGCAUUCAGCACCAUCAAGCUUUCUUGCGCAAGCACGUGACUCUGAGAGCAUUUCUAACUCAUACUGCAUAGAAACAUAAGAUGCGUUUUCCAUACAACAGUGCCUGCAUAGUAACUAGUGUUUAACUCUCACCAUUUAUCCUUCAUGGCAGAUGACACAUGGACAAUGUUUAUGUAGGUACCCUCAUCGAACUGGUAACUGUUCCUAAAAAUGUCAUGUGGCCAGCCCAUCCUAAUUUGUAUAAACUGUAUAACGUGUGGAGUUUUAUAAUCAUAUACUAUUAUAUCAUAGAAUACUGAGUAGCCCUGUAAUAUUAAUAUAUUUACUUUCACAUAUCUUGUAAUCAUGAUUUAGACUCAGAAAAGAUACUUUGAAGAACAAGAGAGUUUCAAUGUAUUAUAUAAAAAUGUUGCCUGUAUGUGAUUUUAGAAGGGCAAACACUUUCUGUAUUAAAACUGGGCUUUUUCAGAGGA